AGGUUGGAGGUAUUGUACCCGGGAUUUUUUUACCCCCUCAAACCCCUGUAAAUCCGGGUACAAUACCUUCAUAUACUACUACAUAAAAAAUGAUUUAAAAUAUUUUUUGGACCCACCCCUCCCCUUAAAAAAUGUCUUAGCAGCCAUACACAGCUCAUUAACCACCCCUCCCCACCCAUCUAAAAAAAUUGAAAAAAAGAUUUAAAAACAUAGAUAUAAUUCAAUAACAUGGAGAACCAAACAGUGAAACAGUUGAAAGCCCUCGCCAAGGAGCGGGGUAUCCCUAGAUAUUCUCGAAUGUGUAAAGCCGAACUUAUCGAAGCGUUGGGUAAACUCGAAGCGCAGACACCACCACCGAUCCCAACACCGCGUACUAAAAAAGCUGAACCUAUCGGAGCACCACCAACCAAACUGCGACCCCCAACAGUCCUUAUAGUCAGACCUCUCAAAACAGGUACUACACCUAGAAAAAAAUAUUCCCGACCAAGAGCGAAGCCUUCCAAUCCCAGCCCAUAGAAGAAAUAUUCCUUACCCUCAGCCCAAACCCAUUCCAACCCCUAGAAAAAAUAUCCCCAACCAGCCGCAAAAACCAAUCCCAGCCCCUAGAAGAAAUAUCGUAUCUAGUUUCAUAGAUAGUGGUAAUCGGCUAGUGAAAGCUAUCCCACAAACAACGAACAACGCGUUCAGUUGGAUAAAAAAUAAGACAUCGGAAUUAGUGGACCGAGUUAAGUCUGCUGGUGAAGCUCUUGCGGAUCUCAUCAACCAAAAUAUCUCUGCAUUUACUAAUAACAGGCCACUCCAACCUAGAAGAGGGGUAAGUAUAUCUGAGAGUGUGAGAGCUGAAUUAGAAGAAAGGAAAGCACAGAGCAACACUGCUCAAACCCCACCAAACCCAAAUCGCCACGAGGUUAAUGCUGAUCUGAAUAAUGACUUAUCAAACAUGAUUUUUAACAAACUCAAACCAGACAUAGAGAUGCGUUCAAGGAUUGUUUACGGUUUUACGGCUAGAAUUUAUCGUGGGGGUGGAGAAAUAGUCGUGUAUGAGAAAACCCUUCGUAGGGAGGGGACUUUUGCAAGUUUAUCUGCAAUUGAGAAAUAUAUCAAAAGGUGUGAGACCAAAAGGUUAGAUCUUGAGGACUCCGAAGUGUGGAGUGGAGCGUAUCUACCAGCAACAGAGGUUGUUGACACCCCAGGCGUCUAUGAAGGCAGGGUUGGGUUUACUAAGAUAACGGUAAAAGUCAUUCACAGCAAUGAACCCUUAAUGGGGUGUGGUCCCUUACCCGAUUGGUUACGCAACAAGAAAUGUAUUCACGCCAUCGAUGAUAAGAACGACAACCUCUGUAUAUGGCGAUGUCUUGCUAUUUUCAUGGGCUAUCGUGAUAAAAACCCUAGACCAGCCGAGGACACAACUCGAAAAGCGCUAAAACUGGCCCGAGAUUUUUAUAGUAACCCUGCAUUGAAAGUUGCAGAUGUGAGGGCGACGAAACUUGUUGAUUUUGAAGGUAUUGCUAAGAGACAUUCUAUUAACAUCCGCUUGUAUGAACCAAAAAACCAAAAGAUCUGGAAAUUAGUGUUCGGUAAAGACCAGUUCAAAAAGAGCUUACCCUGUGUAGACAUCGGCCUCUAUAAAGGACACUGUUUCUGCAUCAAGAAUAUAGAGCUUCUAACAGAACACUGGGAAUGUUCUGGGUGUGAGCAAAGAUUCAACAGACACGAUAAUUACAAUAGACACGUCUCAGAAAAAAGAUGUUCAGGAGGAAAGACACAAUUGAUAUGCAAAGGGGAAAAGUUCAAACACAUCAUGAGCAGCUCUGAAAAGGUGUUUUAUGGAGGUAACACCCAGUUCAGCUAUGUUGGUUGUCGCUGGAUCGAAGAACAGUCUAAGCAUAUAGGCAAACACAUUCAUCAUGCUCUCUGCGGGCAUGGAGGAGAGCGGUGUGUUUUGGACGGAAAAAAGGAGAUUUUGAUUGAUGGAUACGAACCACAGUCUAAGACCGUUUUCCAGUUCCAUGGCUGUAAAUGGCACGGCUGCCCCUGUUCAAGUGACGAUGAGAAGAGAUACAAUGAAGCUCUUGUAAUGGAAAAGAAGAUUAGAGACUUGGGAUACAAGGUUGUCUCGGUUUGGGAGCAUGAUAACCCCAAAUUAAGUGAUAUGACACUUGAAAAGAAAUUUACCCCAUACCCAUAUUUUAUUGUUUUUGAUUUUGAAGCAUUGCUCCGCAAACUUUCCCGAGAGAUGACUGACGACCUGACUUUCAACACCAAACAUAUUCCAGUUAGUGUUGCUAACGCCGAUAAUUUCACAAACGACCCUACCUUUCUUGUAGACGCAAGCCCCGAAGAGCUUAUAAAAGGCUUUAUAGCAGAUUUAGAACAUCGUCGGAAAGCCAUUGUCGAAAAAGUAGCAAGAGAAUACCCGUUGCCAGACAAAGAGUCCAUACCCGAAAGUGUGUAUGAACAAUAUAAGAAGUGGUGUGAACAAGUUCCUGUUUUAGGUUUUAACAGCAGGAAGUACGAUAUUAAUAUGGUCAAAGAAUAUUUCGUAAAGCACAUGACCGAGCAAGCUGGAGAGAUUUUUGCGGCGAAGAAAGAAAGCAAUUAUAUGUUCCUGACCACUGACCGAUUUAAAUUCCUGGAUGUGAUGUCCUACUUGGCUCCAGGACUCUCUUUUGAUAAGUGGUGCAAAGCAAACAACUGUGAAGCGCAAAAACUUGUCUUUCCGUACGAGUGGCUGGAUAGUUAUGAGAAGCUUUCUCACGUAGGCCCUGUGGAAUAUAAGGACUUUUACUCAAGCCUCCAACAGAAAAUCACAGUGUCGCCUCAAGAAUAUGAAAACUUUAAGCUCGAAUUCCAUAAGCGGGGUUGUGUUACCAUGCUGGAUUGGUUGCGAGAGUAUAACCUGGCCGACGUUGUACCUUUCGUAGAAGCUUCGGAAAAGACCCGGGCACAAUAUUACCCCGAUGAAAUCGACAUGCUAAAGGACGCGGUCUCCAUCCCAGGGAUCUCAAUGACUUAUGUUUUGAACAAAGCUUUGAAAUUGAAGAAGAGACACGAGCCUUCCUUAUACGCUCCCGGGCAACUUUGCACCCACAAGUAUUCUGAUAAUUGUCAUAAAAAGGUCUGUAAAGAAUGUACCAAGACUAGAAAAGAGUGCUCUGAAUGCCCGAAAAACAAAGCUUAUGAAUUACUAAAAACAGGAAUGGUGGGAGGGCCCAGUAUUGUGUUUACGCGGUAUGCUGAAAAGGUCAAGUCAAAGAUUCGGCCUUAUAAAUACAAAGACCCAAAAACAUGCAAGUCUGUCGUUGGUUUUGAUGCAAACAGUUUGAAUCUAUACUGCUCCGGUCAAGAAAUGCCUUGUGGUAAAGAAAAAUACAUUGAGGUCGAAAACCCAACGGAUCCCGAAUAUGUUAACAACGUUUGUGAAGACAUUCUUGCCGACAAUUUGUUUGGUUUUUGCCAGGUGGAUAUCCAUGCCCCCGAAAAUCUCAGAAAGAAAUUUGAAGAGUUUUCACCGUUGUUUGUUGUAGACAGUGUUCCAGAGGAGCUAGUCCCUGAACAUAUGAAACAGUACCAAAAAGACACUGACAGAAAAACUCUAAAAGGUACUAAAAAAUUGCUUGGGGUGACCAAGGCAAAGAAGAUCUUGCUAUAUACACCCCUACUGAAAUGGUAUCUUACCCAUGGUUUAGAGGUAACAGCUAUCCACAAAAUUAUAAAAUAUGUAUCGGGAAGACCUUUCAAAUGGUUUCCAGACGAAGUCAGCAACGCUCGAAGAGAUGGGGAUUCUAACCCCGCCUUGAAGCAGCUAGGAGAUACUUACAAACUAAAAGGUAACUCUUUUUAUGGUAAGAUGAUCGAAGAUCUCGAAAAACAUACCAAGACUAGCUAUACUCAAGACGAGGCGGAGGUUGAUAAGGCUUUUAGAAGUCCUUUCUUUGACGAUUUAGAAGUCAUCAAUGACACGUACGAGCUGAAAGAAAGAAAGCGGCAGGUCACUAUAAACCGACCUUAUCAGUGUGGUAUAGCUGUAUACCAAUUGGCUAAACUACGAAUGUUGGAAUUUUACUACGAUUUUCUUGACAAAUAUGUCGAUCGAAAGGACUUCGAACUCAUACAAAUGGACACCGACAGCCUCUACAUGGCUCUUUCGAAUGAAAACUUGGAUGAGAUUAUCAAACCUAAACUCCAAGAUGAAUAUUCCCAAAACGGAAAAGCUGAAUUUCUGUCAACCUCGAAAUAUCACGACAGAACUCCAGGGCUCUUUAAACUCGAGUUUAAGGGGACGCGAAUGAUAGCUCUUACCUCCAAAUGCUAUUACGCCGAAGACACGGCAAUGAAAGCAAAGUUUAGUUGUAAGGGCGUUUCCAAAAGACAAAAUAAUAUGUCCUGGAAUAGAUACUACGAAGCUUUGAACGGGGUCAAAGAUAAGGCGCAAAAUACCGGUUUUAGAGUUCACCAUAACCAAAUUGUGACAUACACUCAGAAUAAACUUGGCUUGAGCGCAUAUUACGAUAAACGCAUAGUGGCAGACGACAGAAUUCACACAAAACCUUUGUAUUAG